GGCCAGCCCGGCGCUGAAUGGGCUGGCUGCGCCCGGCUCCGUCCCGCCCGCGGCCGGCCCCCGCGUCUGCUCCCUCCCCGCCCGGGCUCCUGUCGGCCGCCGCCAGCCCCCGCCCCGACUGUGAAUGAAAGGCGGGCGCCGCCGAGGGCUGGCUGGGAACGCCGCUGCGACGCCGGCCUCCCGGGAGGCGCGCGCCCAGCCGAGAUGUACGGUGUGUGUGGCUGCUGCAGUGCCCUACGCCCCAGGUACAAAAGGCUGGUUGACAACAUCUUCCCUGAGGAUCCCGAGGAUGGACUGGUGAAGACCAACAUGGAGAAGCUGACCUUCUAUGCUCUCUCAGCUCCAGAAAAGCUUGAUCGUAUUGGCGCCUACCUCUCUGAGAGGCUCAUCCGUGAUGUGGGUCGUCAUCGAUAUGGGUACGUGUGCAUUGCCAUGGAGGCUUUGGACCAGCUGCUCAUGGCCUGCCACUGCCAGAGCAUCAACCUCUUCGUGGAGAGCUUCCUCAAGAUGGUGGCCAAGCUGCUGGAGUCGGAGAAGCCCAACCUGCAGAUCCUCGGCACCAACUCGUUUGUGAAGUUUGCCAACAUCGAGGAGGACACCCCAUCCUAUCACCGGAGCUAUGACUUCUUUGUGUCCCGAUUCAGCGAAAUGUGCCACUCAAGCCACGAUGACUUAGAAAUCAAGACUAAAAUUCGAAUGUCAGGCAUCAAAGGCCUACAAGGGGUGGUGAGGAAGACGGUGAAUGAUGAACUGCAGGCCAAUAUCUGGGACCCACAGCACAUGGACAAGAUCGUCCCAUCGCUGCUUUUCAAUCUGCAGCAUGUAGAGGAGGCAGAGAGCCGGUCUCCCUCACCUCUCCAAGCACCUGAGAAGGAGAAAGAGAGCCCUGCGGAGCUGGCUGAGAGGUGCCUUCGGGAGCUGCUGGGCCGGGCUGCCUUUGGCAACAUCAAAAACGCCAUCAAGCCUGUUCUUAUACAUCUGGAUAACCAUUCUCUUUGGGAACCCAAGGUGUUCGCCAUCCGUUGCUUUAAAAUCAUCAUGUACUCAAUUCAGCCGCAGCACUCCCACCUGGUCAUCCAGCAGCUCCUGGGCCACCUGGACGCCAACAGCCGCAGCGCUGCGACGGUGCGCGCAGGCAUCGUGGAGGUCCUGUCGGAAGCCGCGGUCAUCGCCGCCACGGGCUCUGUGGGGCCCACGGUGCUGGAGAUGUUCAACACGCUGCUGAGGCAGCUGCGGCUCAGCAUCGACUACGCGCUGACCGGGAGCUACGACGGGGCGGUCAGCCUCGGCACCAAGAUCAUCAAGGAGCACGAGGAGCGCAUGUUCCAGGAGGCCGUCAUCAAGACCGUCGGCUCUUUUGCCAGCACGCUGCCCACCUACCAGCGCUCCGAGGUGAUCCUCUUCAUCAUGAGCAAGGUGCCGCGGCCGUCCCUGCACCAGGCAGUGGACACGGGCAGGACGGGGGAGAAUAGGAACCGUCUGACCCAGAUUAUGCUGCUAAAAUCCCUCCUGCAGGUAUCCACAGGUUUCCAGUGCAACAACAUGAUGUCAGCCCUGCCCAGCAACUUCCUAGACCGCCUUCUCUCCACUGCCCUCAUGGAGGAUGCAGAAAUUCGACUCUUUGUUCUAGAGAUUCUCAUCAGUUUCAUUGAUCGUCAUGGCAACCGCCACAAGUUCUCUACCAUCAGUACGCUCAGUGACAUCUCUGUCCUGAAGCUGAAAGUGGACAAGUGCUCUCGACAGGACACCGUCUUCAUGAAGAAGCACUCCCAGCAGCUCUACAGACACAUCUACCUGAGCUGCAAGGAGGAAACAAAUGUGCAGAAACACUAUGAGGCGCUCUAUGGCUUGUUGGCUCUCAUCAGCAUCGAGCUGGCUAAUGAGGAGGUGGUGGUGGACCUCAUCCGUCUGGUGUUGGCUGUUCAGGACGUGGCCCAAGUCAAUGAGGAGAACUUGCCUGUCUACAACCGCUGUGCCCUCUACGCUCUGGGCGCAGCUUACCUGAACCUCAUCAGUCAGCUCACAACAGUGCCUGCCUUCUGCCAGCACAUCCAUGAGGUGAUAGAGACCAGGAAGAAAGAGGCUCCAUACAUGCUCCCCGAGGAUGUGUUUGUGGAGCGGCCCAGGCUGUCUCAGAAUCUUGAUGGGGUGGUGAUUGAGCUUCUCUUCCGCCAGAGCAAGAUUAGUGAAGUCCUGGGAGGCAGCGGCUACAAUUCAGACCGGCUCUGCCUGCCCUACAUCCCUCAACUGACAGAUGAGGAUCGCUUAUCCAAGAGGAGGAGCAUUGGAGAGACCAUCUCCCUGCAGGUGGAGGUAGAAUCGAGGAACAGCCCAGAGAAGGAGGAGCGAGUGCCUGCCGAGGAGAUCACCUAUGAGACACUGAAGAAAGCCAUUGUGGACAGCGUAGCAGUGGAGGAGCAGGAGCGUGAGCGGCGGCGGCAGGUGGUGGAGAAGUUCCAGAAGGCACCCUUCGAGGAGAUUGCCGCACACUGCGGGGCCCGGGCAUCGCUGCUCCAGAGCAAACUCAAUCAGAUCUUUGAAAUCACCAUCCGGCCCCCACCAAGCCCAUCGGGAACCAUCACUGCAGCCUACGGUCAGCCGCAGAACCACUCCAUCCCCGUCUACGAAAUGAAGUUUCCUGACCUGUGUGUAUACUGAAUUCUAGGAGCCGGAGCUCCUCAAGGGGAUGGGGUCUCAGGAGGGGCUCGCUUCAUGCCCACCUGACCACAUGGAGAUCCGGCUGGGAUCUCUGAGAAAAUGUCACCUUGGAUGGCAGCGCCUCCCAGGCUAAGCCAAGGUGGAGACUCUCUGGUCCUUCUUGGCCCUCCUACCUCCUCCUCGUCUUCCCUGAGGGAGAUCUCACCAAUCAGCGUCUCACCUG